AUGACAGCUCCUUCUGAAGUCGAAGAUAUUAUCAAACGUUUACAGGCGAAUAAACAUGUACAAGAAGUAUUGAUUAUUAACGACUCUGGACAAAUUAUUAAAUCAAGUAUGGACUCUGGGUUAUCUAAACAAUAUUCAGAUUUAAUCACCAAACUUAUUGAACAAACUGUAAACGUUGUAAAGGAAUUAGAUGACACU